UAUAUGUAACAAGAGACGCACAAAGAGAAUAUAAGUUUGUUGUUGAUAAAAAUUCGUUUUAUUCGUCUGUUAGACGUAGCCUCGUCUAAAUCUAAUAAUUAAAUAUAUUUCAGAGUGAUUUAUAUUGUUUAAAAUAAUUGAAUGUACAAAGAAAAAAGCAGAGUUAUUUUUCUAAACAAUAAGUUCUCAGUUUACAAAAAUGGAUCUAGAAAGCUUAAAAAGAAGCUUAGACAAUUGUACCGUGAAAGAUUUUUCUGAAAUUAAUUUCAAAGACGAAUCAGAAAUGAUGUCUUAUGUAUUACAUGUCGUAAAAUUAGAUGAAAGUAUUGUGAGAUAUACUACAAAAAGUAACGAGGAGGCAAAUAAAUUUUUAGCUGAAGCUAAAGAACAAAUUAAUAAAAAAAUGUCUCCAUGGUAUUCUGUAAUUGAAAUUUACACAAAAGCAAUGGCUUACGCAGAGCCAAAUUCACCAGAAUUGGCUAAAGCGUAUGCGAACCGCUCUGCGACAUUCUGUAAUGAAUGCCUUUAUGAAGAUUGUCUUUUAGAUGUUGCAAAAGCAUUAGCAUUAGGUUAUCCCGAUGAAUUAAAAGCAAAGCUCUACUUUCGUCGUGUUAAAGCACUGUGGGGAGUAGAACAAACAGUACGACCUGAGCUUGAAGAUGCAAUUAGUCAAACUCGCAAGUGGAUUGAAAAAUUAUCCAAGGAGAGUGAAAAAGCUACCAUAAAACGAUUGUUGAAAAAUUUUAAAAAGUAUUCUUACAAGCCAUUUGAUAAAAAUACUAUUUGUUCAACAAAUUAUUUACCAAAAACACCCAAAAGUAAUCCCUUGAUCAAAGGAGCUUCUGAUGCUAUAAAGCUUAAUUAUUCAGAGAUAUACGGACGACAUUUUUUAGCCACUAAAGAUAUAAAAGUCGGCGAAGUUAUUCUAGUUCAAAAAGCUUAUGCGUCAGUCCACAAUCGCGAUUAUAUGUACUCAUACUGUUGGAAUUGUUCGCAAAAGACUUAUUCCAGUAUUCCAUGUAAAAAAUGUACAAAUGUAAUUUUUUGUAAUGAAGCUUGUCGUGAAGCCGCUUGGAAUAAAUUCCAUGAUAUUGAAUGCGAAAUCUUGGCUUCACUUCCCAUGAAUAAGUUUGCUUGGUUUGAUGUUAUGAGUGUUCAAUUAACCAUUAAAGCAAUCAAAGAAGCUGGAUCAUUAGAGUCAUUAAAAAAAUUAGUUGAUGAAAUUAAAUCAAGUCCCGAUAAAAAUGAUUUUGAAAAAGAAGUUAAUCAUAAAAGCUAUUCAACUAUUUAUAACUUGUACAAUGAUUUAAAAUUUAUGCAAAAAUCAAAUUUACAUAAAGAUUAUCCGGUAAGAAGUGCUCAUUUAUUAUCGGUAUUUGCAUCAAAGACUCAAUUAUUGAUCAAUAAUGGUAAUGAUGACUUAUUACGAGAUCUUGUUAACAACCAACUGGCUGUCUUUUUGGGAGGGUUAAUUUUAAAACACAUGAAUAUUUCUAGUUUGAAUACAUUUGAGGGUGUUAUUGUUAAAGAUAAAACAAAGUACAAGAGAAGUAAAUUACUGGGUUCUAUUGUCAGUUAUUUUAAUCACAGUUGUGAUGAUAAUAUCUCUUAUAACCAAUGCGCUGAUAAAUUGAUAUUUCGUGCUUCUAGAAAUAUUAAAAAAGAUGAACAACUAUUUAUAACUUAUGGGCCCCUUUUUCAAACUAAUCCGAUCAAGGAACGACGUGAAAAACUUGAAUCGCAGUAUAAUUUUAAGUGUAAUUGCAUUCCUUGUUCUAAAAAUUGGGCUCCAGACUUGGUUACUUCCUCUUGGAUGGAUCAGGCAUUAUUAAUUGAUCGAAGAUACAGAGUAAUGGCGGUCUAUCAAAAGUACUCACACUUUUUUAAAGCGGCUACUGAGAAAGAAAUCGAUGAUAAAAUGAAUUUCGAUCCUGCAUUCAUUCCUGUUUUAUUAGAUAUAAUAAAUAUAUUGUGCGAAAAUGUCAAUUACCCAUGUAUUGAAUUAAUAUCAUCCAAAGCAGCCCUGAGUCAUAAUUAUAUUUCAACUGGUUAUUAGUUAAUUACGCUACUAACAGUUUUAUACUUAAUCUUAAAUAUAUAAAUAAUUAAACAUUAAUAUGAUUUGAUAAAGUACAUCGAUGUCUUUAUAAAAAUAUCUCUAAAUUCAAUUAAAUACCAUGAUGAUUA